GUCUAUAUAUAACAAACACUCUCACUAUGGUUUAUACCAAGAGUUGAAGUAGUGAUUUUGAUAAUAUAAUAAGAAAAUGGAAAGAAAAAGUAACCAAAAUGAUUCUUCUUCUUCAUUUGUUUCUGAGCUCUCUGGCUCCAAAGAGACACACUCAUCUUCUUCAUCUCCUAAUGAAGUGAGGGACAAAGCUAUCAAGGAGAAAUGGGACUCUAUACUUGGAACACCUGAUGUCAUUUUCAAGGCCUGUGGUGGUGAAUCUCAGAAAAUACAAACUGAAGAUAAGAGUUCCAUCUACCAAAAUCAAAGAAUUGAACCAUGUAAUCUCAGCUCAUCAAUAUUUUAUGGUGGCCAAGAUAUUAUUCAUCAUGCUCAAAUUGAAGGGAAAAACUUAUUUCCCAAAAAUGUUGGAGAAGAAGAUGAUUUGGGAAUUGCUUCAAGUAGGGGUGGACAUCGGUCGGGUUGGGUCGGAAAUCGGGCCCAAAAUCUCAAUCCGAAAAAGCCCACGGUUGAAAAUCAUAGGCCCAUUUUCGACUGAAUUCUCUUUCGGUUUAGUCGGUUUCGGUUUAAUCGGUUUUAACAGAUAAUCGGGUGGGUUGAAUCGGUUAAUUCAAAAAAGCCCCAAUUUGAUUCCAGUCCAUAUAUUUUGGUAACUUUUGAAUUGAUAAAACAAUUUUUAGUAUCCUUUUGUUCAAAUCUACACUCUCCUGGAAGUGAUGUAUCCUGCAAACAAAGAAAGAGUAGCAACCAUCAGUUUUAAACACACAAACAAAGACUAAAUCAUUUCAGAAACAGAGACAAUUACAUAGUUUAUUUUUUAAGAAGCCCUUGAUCUUUAUUGAAUAUUGAACACAAAGAGAGAAAGAGAGAAACAAAGAAAAGGAGAAAGAGAGAAGAGACAAUGAAGAAGCACUUACAGCGUUGGUGAUGGUGGUUGGUGGUGGCGUGGUUGUACUCAUGAAUGAAGAAACGGCGAUGGUGAUUGAAGAUUGUUUAAUGGAACCAAAACCCUAGCGAAGAGAGAUGUUGAUUUUUUCUAUGUACUUGUGUUGUGUGGAUGAGAAUGAAAGCCUAGCGUGAGACUAAGUGAAGCUUGAAAAUAUGUGAGGUGUUUUGUUUUCAAUUGGGCCAGCAGGUAAACUCUUUAACACAGUAGCCCAUUAACCCCCUUCAUAGGUCGGUCGGUUAUGGAUUAUGCUGGGCCAAAUGUUAGCAUCCUAAACCGACCUAGUUAACCCACAUGAGCCCAUUUAUUUUCAAGUCGGUUAUCCGUUGACCCGAUUGACCCGACCCGCAUGCCAUCGGGCUCUUUGGAUAGGACGGUUUGGGCCGGAUUGAAAUAUUUUGACCACCCCUAGCUUCAAGAGGAGAUUGGUGGAAAGGUAUCUUAUGAAUGACAUACACAUUUCUCAUAGACUUUUUGUCUAAAAGUUUGCACAUGGUUUGUACUAUAUGAUAUGACUUAAUAUUAACAUUUCUCAUUAUUUUUUUGUUUUAUUUAAUUUUCAUCCACAGGGAGUCUCUAUUAUUAAAAUCAUCAUUUUUAGCACUAUAUGCCUUACAAGGUACAUAGAGCAAAAAUCAAGUUAUGUGGAAGCUAAACAGCGAAGGGAUAAAUAUGAAUUUGCAAUUAAUCAUUUAUAGAACUUUGUAUUGUCAUCUAUCUUGAGUAAUGUUGAAGUUAUUUAUUUUUUGAGAAAACCUCUUCUAAUUGGUUUCUUCUCUACUUUGAACUUUAUCAAUGAUGAUUUAUAAAAUUAGCAGCAAAAAUUAAUGAUGAAGAAAGUCAAAUUCUCUUACUAAA